AUGGCAGACAAUGCUACACAUAGCUACAUCUCAUCUUUUUUCCUGGUUGGUAUUCCUGGUUUGCAAGCUUUUCACUGCUGGAUUGGCAUCCCUGUCUGCCUCCUGUUUGCCCUGGCCCUGCUGGGGAACAGUGUAAUCAUCAUCACCAUCAAAGUAGAGCCCAGCCUCCACCAGCCUGUGUAUUUCUUCCUUUGUAUGCUGGCAGUGAAUGACAUGGCUCUUGUCUCUUCCACAGCCCCCAAGAUGCUGGGUAUCUUCUGGUUGGAUGCUCACAAGUUUGACUUUAGUAUCUGUCUAGCACAAAUGUAUUUUAUCCACACAUUCUGCAUAAUUGAGUCAGCCCUCUUGGUUGCCAUGGCCUUCGACCGAUAUGUAGCUAUUUGUAUCCCACUGCGUUAUACAACCAUCUUGACAACACCAAUGGUCACUAAACUGGGUCUAGCUGGUGUGAUCCGAGCUACCUUUAUGGUGUUGCCCUGUCCUCUUCUUAUUAAAAGGCUACCAUAUUACACUAAAUAUGUUAUCAAUCAUGCCUACUGUGAGCACAUGGCUGUGGUGAAGCUGGCCAGUGCCAACACCCUCAUUAACAGAGCAUAUGGAAUCUCUGUGGCCCUUUCAGUGAUGGUGUUGGACCUAGGGCUCAUAGCCACAUCCUAUAUCAAGAUCCUUCAGGCAGUCUUCCGACUAUCUUCUCAGAAUGCCCGCUCUAAAGCGCUGGGCACCUGUGCUGCCCAUGUCUGCACUCUACUUGUAUUCUACACACCUGCACUAUUUAGUUUCCUAACUCACCGUAUUGGCAAGAAGGUACCUCCAAGCAUUCAUAUAAUUUUUGCAAGUUUGUAUCUUUUGGUGCCUCCCACAGUCAAUCCCCUGGUGUAUGGUGUCAAGACCAAACAGAUUCGUGACCGAGUGGUUAGUCUCUUCCUCUCAAACAAGAUUAUUUCUGGAAACUAA